AUGGACGGGUUCGAAAAACUGAAGCUUCUUGUCAUCGGAAAAGCAAAGAGACCUCGGGCUUUUAAAGGUGUGAAAGGACUCCCGGUAUUUUACGAGGCAAAUACCAAGGCUUGGUUGACCCAGGCAAUUUUCGAAACCUGGUUGAGGGAGAGAGAUGCAGAGUUCACCAAAAAAGGCAGAAAGGUUGUGUUCAUUGUGGACAAUUGCCCAGCGCAUGGUGAAGUGCGAGACCUGAACUCUAUUCGGCUGGAGUUCCUCCCUGCCAAUGUGACAGCCGUGCUCCAGCCAAUGGACCAAGGCGUUAUUCGAAAUUUAAAAGUGUUUUACCGUCGCCACAUCCUUAGAAGGAUGAUGCUGCAUAUGGAGAGAAACAAAGGGUACACCGUAGACCUCCUUUCUGCCAUCCACAUCUUGGCCCAGUCAUGGGACGAGGUUGCAUCUACAACCAUUCGGCGAUGCUUUGGUCACGCGGGCUUCCUUGAGCAAGUGGAUGCAAGCCAAGAAGGGUCGGAUGCAAGCCAAGAAGAGUCUGACGCCGACAAUGCUGAAGCAGACACUGUUUUUGAUUUGGUGGCCCAGAGGUGCGGCUCUGGCACCGGGACAAUGGAUGAGUACGAAGCUGUUGAUGAUGACGUGGUCACCUGCCGUGAGGAUACUUUAGUUGACAUACUAAAUGAAGUCGAAGAAGGCACAGGUGAUGAAAGUGAGGAGGAGAUGGACAGUGACGACCACCAGAGUGCCCCACUGACUUCAGAGGCAAGCCAGGCAGUAGAACUUCUCCAGCGGUACUUCCAGAAGGAGGGCUGCUUGGAGCAUCUGUGCAAUUUAAACAAGAUGAAUGCGUACUUGGUGAAGCAGUCCCACACCAAGCUGAAGCAAGCCACCUUGCACAGCUUUUUGCGGGGUUGCGACCCUUAA